AUGCGCGCGUCCUUGAUAAGACUUGCCCGCCAUACCCGGCUUACCCGCGAGCCCUUUGUGGAUGUCGCCCAAACCGGCCAGGAGCUGCUGAACAACUUCCAGCUCAAUAAGGGUUCGGCGUUUUCGAACGAAGAGCGUCGUAUUUUCAAAAUGGGCGGGCUACUUCCUACCGCAGUACACACUCUUGACGACCAGCUUGAUCGUGCCUACAAUCAAUUCCACAUGUACCCCACCGACCUGCUCAAGAACUCGUUCUGUGAGUCGCUCAAGGUUCAGAACGAAACGCUCUACUACGCUCUGAUGCGUAGACAUCUCAAAGAAAUGAUGCGUAUCAUUUACACACCAACCCAGGGCGAUGCAAUCGCCAAUUACUCGCAGUUGUUCCGUCGUCCCGCUGGUUGCUUUUUGGAUAUUAACCAGCCCGACGAUAUUGCUCAUAGAAUGGCUCACUAUGGUGAUGCUGAGGAUAUUGACUAUAUUUGCGUGACUGACGCAGAAGGUAUUCUGGGCAUUGGCGACCAGGGUGUUGGAGGUAUUGGAAUUGCUAUUUCUAAACUGGUACUCAUGACGGUCUGCGGAGGUAUUCACCCAAACCGUGUAAUUCCCGUUGUACUUGAUUGUGGUACUAACAAUCAGAAACUCUUGCAAAACCCUCUCUAUAUGGGUAACCGUCACGAACGAGUGCGCGGUGAGCGAUACGACAAGUUCUUGGAUAAUUUUGUGCAAACGGUAAAGCAGCGAUACCCUCGGGCUGUCCUACAUUUUGAGGACUUUGGUACUGCGGCUGCAUAUAAAUCGCUUGACCUAUAUCGUGACCAGCUGCCUUGUUUCAAUGAUGAUAUUCAGGGCACUGGUGCCGUAACGCUCUCAGCGCUCGCCGGUGCAUUGCACUCCACUGAUCGUCACAUGCCCGAUGCUCGCACAAUCAUUUUCGGCGCUGGAAGUGCCGGUUGCGGUAUCGCUAACCAAAUGGUCGACAAACUCGUUGAAAACGACGGCCUCAGCCGCAGCGAAGCUCGCAAAAAUAUCUUCUUGAUCGACCGCAACGGUCUAAUUACCUCUGAUAUGCGCGAUCUCAUGACCGUACAGCGCGAGUACGCUGUAGACCCAGAAGAUCCUUGUUGGAAAGAUAUCGAUCGAACUUCGCUGCUUGAAUUGGUCAAAGCCAUUCAGCCCCACAUUCUCAUCGGCUGCUCAACGCGCCCUGGAUCGUUUACCAAAGAAGUGGUCCAAGAAAUGUGCCAGCACGUUGAUCGUCCCAUCAUCUUGCCUCUUUCCAACCCUACACGUUUGCAUGAGGCUCAGCCGAGCGAUCUCAUUGAAUGGACGGACGGCCGGGUUUUGCUUGCCACUGGAUCGCCCUUUGAUGAUGUCCAUGGCCGCCGAAUCAGUGAAAACAAUAACUGCUUUAUUUUCCCUGGUAUUGGUUUGGGUGCUGUUCUUUCUCGGGCCUCCACAAUCUCGAAGGGAAUGAUUGCCGCCGCUAUUGACGAGCUUGCUACAAUGUCUCCCGUUCUUAAAGACCCCAAUGGUCCAUUGCUUCCUGAUAUUUCCGAAAUUACCGAUAUUAGUGCCCGUGUUGCAACCUCUGUUGUUCUACGCGCUCGUGAUGAGGGUCUUGCUCGCGUCGAAGAUGAGAUCAGCCCUGUUUCUGCAGAAAAAAUCGAGAUCCCUGCAGACUGGGACGAGUGCUACAUCUGGGUUCUUUCGCAAAUGUGGCAACCUGAGUAUCACCGCUAUCGCCGAGCUAAAACCGUUCACUAG